AUGUUGUCACAUAAGGGUGGCACGGCUGUCAGCUUUCUCCUGUUGGUGAAUUUUGCCACAUGUUGUGAUUACUCCCUGGACAAGUGUGGAGCCUGGGCAGAUGGGGACGUUAAGAUAGGAGUACUUAACUCCAUCCACUCAAAAGUGGAGACCCUUCAUGCACGUGAGAAGCCAGAGAGAUAUAACUGCUCCGAAUUCAACAUAAUAUCAUUUGUGCGAACACUUGCUGUCAUUCACACGAUACAAACAAUCAAUAACUCCGGCUUCCUGCCAGGAGUGCGCCUUGGUUACUAUGUUUGUGACACCUGCUCCCAUGCCUCAAAGGCCAUCCAGAGCGCUGAGCUACUGCUUGCAGAAAACGGCUCACUGUCUGUCAGCUGCGAAAUCUUGAGGAAACCUAACGUAAAGGCAAUCAUUGGGGCUCGGUUCUCUGAGGUGUCCCUCAGUCUUGCUCGGUUCUUGAGUCUCUACAUGGUGCCUCAGAUAAGCACAACUUCAUCGGCAGACUCUCUGAGUGACAAACUGCGCUACCCAUCUUUUUUACGCACCAUACCUGGUGACAAAUACCAGACGAAAGCCCUCGCCCGGCUCAUGGCCUAUUAUGAUUGGAACUGGGUAGGCGUGAUUUAUGGAGAUGAUGACUAUGGCAAGUCUGCCUUCCAUAGUUUUUUAUCAGAUGCUGAGAAGGCAGAGGUUUGCACUGCCUUUGAGGAGGAGCUGCCUCAUUACCUAGAUGACAAGGAUCUUGAAAAGAAGAUUGGCAAUGUGGUGGAUAGCAUCCUCUCCUCCAGAGCUAAUGUCAUCUUGCUUAUCCUAAAGGAGCAGCUUGUCCAGAAACUUUUCGAGGAGAUGAUCAAAAGAAACAUCUCUCGUACGUGGAUUGCUAGCGAUGCAUGGUCGAUGUCACGGAAUUUAGCUGGGAUGGACGGGAUCAAUAAGGUGGGAGAUAUCUUUGGAUUCAGUUUCAUUACUGGCCAAAACCCUGGCUUUGAAGAAUUUUUGGAGAGAUUGACUCUAAGCCCUGGUGCUGAGAACUACUUUAUUAAGGAGUACAACCAACUUGGUAAGAGGAGUCUAACUGAAGCAGUGGACAUAUCCCUAACUUAUGGUGAAAAACUGGCUGUGUGGUCUAUCGCCCAUGCUCUGAAGAGUGUAUUGGAAUGCAACGAAAAUGUCUGUCCAGGAGAUAAAGAUUUCCCACCAUGGAAGCUUCUGAAGGAGCUCAAAAGGGUAAAUUUUAGUAUGGACAAUCGGCGGUUUUAUUUCAGCGAGUCAGGGAACUUUAUGAAUGGAUAUGAUUUGGUCAACUGGGUCAGAGAUGAUUCCAGAGGAAAGAGAAUUGCUAAAGUUGUUGGUGUUUUUGAUCUAGAGAUAGAAGAUGUUAGGAUAAAGGAGACCAUUACCUGGGGGAACCCUAACAACACAGUUCCAGUGUCAAAGUGUUCCAAAGAAUGUCCUCCUGGCACAGCAAAGCAACUCUCCAAAACAUCCUGUUGUCAUAACUGCACAGAAUGUUUGGAGGGGACAUUCUCCAAUGAGACAAACCUUCCAAGGUGUCUUGCUUGUCCACCUGGACAAUGGUCCCUGAAAGGUUGGAUACAUUGUGAGGUGAAGAGAGAGGAGUACAGCAAGUGGGGAGGGCCCAUGGCUAUAGCACUCCUUACACUGACUGGAUUAGGUGUUCUAUUGUUGAUAAUUACCCUAAUUUUAUUUGUAUUUCACUGGGGCCCUGUAAUAAACCAAGCUGGUGGGAGUCUUUGCUUUAUCAUGAUGGCAGGUUUAUUCGUUAGCUUUGGCAGUGUGGUACUCUUUAUUGGUAAACCCAACGAUCACAUCUGCCGUGCCCGUCAGACCAUGUAUGGUUUAGGCUUCACCCUCACUGUCUCAUGCAUACUAGUGAAAGCCCUACGAAAUUUCUUAGCAUUUUUUCGUUCUGAGAGCAUCCAAGACACUAAGAAAAAGUUUUACAUGCCCUUUGUUUUUGUUAUCUGUGGUACUGUCAUUCAAGCCAUCAUUUGCAUCCUGUGGCUGGUCCUCGAUUCCCCCCGUCUGGAGGUCCAUGACUCUGACCAGGAGAUGAAAAUACAGUUAGUCUGUAAUGAGGGCUCUGGCAUAGGUUUUGCCUUCAUGCUUGGUUAUAUUGCACUGCUUGCAUUCAUCAGCUUCCUACUGGCUUUCAGAGCGAGGAAGGUGCCACAGCGUUUCAGAGACACUGGCUACAUUAGUUUCAGCAUGCUCAUUUACCUGUUUGUUUGGGUCUGUUUUAUUCCAAUAUACGUUACCAAGAUAGAAGAGCGCACUGCAGUUCAGGCCUCAGCUAUCUUGGUCUCUAACUAUGGUAUCAUCUUCUGCCACUUUAUACCAAAAUGGUACAUGCUUCUUUGCAAGAAAAAAGAAGAAAUUACCACUGAAGCCUAUGAGGAGCGGGCACGCAACCAUUCCUUGUCAAAAUCAUCCUACUCAAGAUCCUCAAUGUUUUCAAGAGGAGGAUCCAUAAAUUCGAGGACAGUUCCCAAUAUUAUGGGCUCACAGAUGACAGUAACCUCUAAGGACUCUGGUGUAUGUUCCACUGAAUCUUAUGAAGAUGUUAUAAGCAUAAUUCAGCCUGAUGAUAAAGUGUUUUCCUCAAACCUAAGAAAAAGACAUCGAAGAAGAUCCAUUUGA